CACCUUCCUCGAGGCGCAUUGUAAUUUUGAACAAGACAGAUUUAGCAAAUAACAUUCAAUUAAAGGAAUGGCUGAAUACUUUUGAGCAAAAAAAUUGUCUUGUUUUUGGAGUCAAUUCCCAUAAUAAGGAUAACAUCAAAGAGAUUUGCCGUUACUGAACUUUCUGCAAGCCCGAGUUCGAGAAUUACCAAAGAAUUACAUUAAUGCUUUUCGGCAUUCCUAAUGUUGGCAAGUCUGCCCUUGCCAACUCACUGCAUCAAAUUGGAAGGAUUAGUGCAGCAGGUAGUCAUUUUUAAGUACAAACUGUUAGUUGUUAAGUUCUUGUAGCUGUUUUCUCGUGUUUCCAGAAGACUCUCUCUCGAGUAUAGAACUUAUCCAAUCCAAACAUCCUGAACCAUUCUUUGAUUUGCAGAGAAAGGAAGAUUAAAGCAUGCCAUAUUAAUCACUUCUUAAUUGUUAUUGUCCUCGUCUAAUUAAAGUAUGAUUAUGAUGCCUUUGUCUCCAUCUUGUUAAAGUCAAUUAAAUUGACAUGUUAUUUAUAGUAGUGACAAGACUACUCAUUAGUACAAGUGUCAAAAGUGUGACCAUUAAAUUGACAUGUUAUUUAUAGUAGUGACAAGACUACUCAUUAGUACAAGUGUCAAAAGUGUGACCAGAUAUCUUGUGUCCUUAACUAUUUUCAUCCGUCCAUUUUUCAAUUAUUGCGGUAUUGAAUAACCAAAAAUAGACUAAGAAAAUUUCAUCCUUAUCACUUUAUUUUUUUUUAUUUUCCAUCCGGUAUUCAAUACCGUAUUGAAACUCGACUAAUUCGGAUUCGCAUCAGAUAGAGUCCAUUUGGAAAUAGUGCUCCCUAUCAAGAAUUUUUCCAUACUCAGGGCUCGAACUCGAGACCGCUAGACUUUAUUUUUUGAUAUUGUUCAUAAAGGGAUUCAAACCAUAGGAAUAUGAUUUUCAAUAAAGUGUGCUAAAACCUUGCAAUAAGUUUCCUAUGAUGUUCAAAAAAUGAAAAAAGAACUUAUAUUAUGUGAAAUAAUAUUAUUUCAUAUUCUACUUGUGAAAAAGUUAACUAUAAAAUUAUGAUAUAAAAUAGAGUCUUUUUUUCUCUAUCUCACCAAAAUAAAUUAAUAAAUAAAUAAAUAAAAGUCGAAUCUAGAUAAAAAAUUACACUGUAUAUAUAAGGUAAUUUUUAUGUAUGUGUAUAGAUUUUGAAUCGCCUAAAUACGAGAUUGGUUUCAGCUGUAUAUGAGUUCAAAAUUUACCUUGAGGUUUCGAGUUUAAAUCCUCAAUAAAAUAAUUAAGGUACGAAUUCAAACAUCACCAUCAUCAUUUAAGAAAAUUGAAAUAAAGAACCUUAAAAAUGAAAAUGAAAUAUGCUAAAACUAAUAAAAUCCUUGUCUAGCACUAUAUAAACACAUCAAAAAACUUAGAUUUUUCUUUAUAACAAAAAUGGAAGAUCAUAUUUUUUCUCAUUUUAAUGCAAUUUUACUACUCAUAACCAUUACCCUUUCCUCCAUUUUCAUAUAUAAAAUCACACAAAAAUCACAUAAACUUUCAAAUUUCCCACCAGAAAUCUCCGGUGGCUUACCGGUGAUCGGUCAUCUUCUCCAAUUCUCCGUCACCGACAACAUUCCAUUGCAUCGAAAACUAUCCUCUUUGGCAGAUAAAUAUGGCCCCAUUUUCACUUUCCGGCUAGGAAUACCGCGUGUAUUAGUGGUAAGCAGCUAUGAUGCUGUGAAGGAUUGUUUGAAUAUCAAUGAUAAAGUGUUUGCUGCCCGGCCGGGGAGCUUGGUCGGAGAGUAUAUCGGGUACAGUAAUGCAAUGCUUUUUUUUGCUAGUUAUGGUGAUUAUUGGAGAAAGAUUAGGAAAAUUGUUAUUAAGGGAGUUUUGUCUAGUAGUAGGUUGGAGAAAUUGAGAGAUGUGAGGGUUUCUGAAGUGAAAACUAGUAUUACAGAGCUUUAUAUUUUGUUUCCGAUCACCGGAGAUCGAUUAACGUUCUCCGGAGAAAAUCUUGAUUUUCCGAUGACCGGAGGUGAUUUUCAGGUGAAAGUGAAUAUUACUAAUUGGAUAGAAAAGUUAACAUUGAGCUUGAUAGUGAAAAUGAUAGCUGGAAAAAGCUAUGGAAGGGUAGAAAAAGGGGGAAAUGAAGAAGAAGAAGUUGAGAGAUUUAAGAAAGCUUUAAAGGAUUUUGUGUAUACCACAAUGGAAUUUGUGUUAUGGGAUGCAUUUCCUAUACCAUUGUUUAAGUGGAUUGAUUUUCAAGGGCAUGUUAAGUUUAUGAAAAGGACAUUUAAAGAUAUUGAUUGUGUUUUACAAAAUUGGUUAGAUGAACAUGUGAAGAAGAGAGAAAGUGUUGAUUUUGUUGAUGGAAAUGAAGAGGAUUUUAUUGAUGUUAUGCUCUCUAUGAUCAGUAAUGAAGAUUUUGUUGAUGGUUAUAGUAGAGAAACCACCAUUAAAGCUACUGCUCUGAGUAUGGUGGUGGAUGCUUCGGACACGACUGCUAUUCACUUAAAUUGGGUAAUGGCUACAUUGUUAAACCACAGAGAUGCCAUGAAGAAAGUCCAAGAAGAGCUAGACACAAAUGUUGGCAGAAACAGAUGGGUAGAAGAGAGUGAUAUCAGGGAUUUGGUAUACUUCCAAGCUGUCGUUAAAGAAACACUGCGAUUAUAUCCACCAGCACCUUUGUUAGGGGCCCAUGAAUCGGUAGAGGACUGCAUCGUGCAAGGAUACCACAUUCCUAAAGGUACAAGAUUGUGGGUCAAUACUAUGAAACUACAUCGAGAUCCUAAGAUUUGGUCGAAUCCAGAUACAUUUGAUCCAGAGAGAUUCUUGACUAGUCAAGCAGGGGUUGAUGUUCGCGGUCAACAAUAUGAGUUCAUCCCGUUUGGCUCUGGAAGACGAUCUUGUCCAGGGAUCACCUAUGCAACUCAAGUGACACACCUUGCAAUAGCUCAUUUACUCCAAGGUUUUGAUUUUAGUACACCAUCGGAUGAUCCUUUGGAUAUGAAAGAAGGGGUAGGCAUUACCAUGCGCAAAGUAGAUCCUAUAGAAGUGUUUAUUACACCUCGCUUGCCUUCUGUACUCUAUAAGUUCUAAGUUAAUGUCUUCUUUUUUCUUUUUCUUUUGGUUAUGUAUGUACUUUGUGGAUUUUCUUUGUAAGUCGGCUAUUUAAAGCUCUCUUAUGCUUGAGAAAAGUUAUUGAAAGCAUUUUAAUCCA